AUGCGUUCCUCUGGGUCUUCCUACCAAUAUGACCAAGACCAAUUUGUUUACGCAAAAUCUGACACUUGCAAUCCUACUAGCCUCGAUUUCGAGCUUUCCAACAUCGCUUUGCCUGGUGAACGUUCUAUGAUUGAAGAUUCUGCUGCUGAGAUUCGUGAGGUGGAAGGGCACGACGAAGAGUACGAAGAAAAAUUCGAUCACCUUCAGUCUAGUCCCAUGCCUAAAUCUGAUAUAUGCCAAGGAGAUAUUUCCUCAAGGCAUUUUGAUCGCAAAUCUUUACAAACUGAGGAGAUCCCCGCCAACUGCGCUUCCCUUAUCUGCAUUUCUUCCUCCAACCCCGUUUCUUCCACAUCCGGGCUAGUAGCAACGGUCACUAGCUCACCUUUAUCGUCUCCAUCGUCUUCUUUCUCCUCUUCCUCAUCCUCUUUAUCCUCCUCAUCCUCGUCUUCUGCUUCAUCCUCAUCCUUCUAUGUUGGUAGCUCCAAUGGAUCGUUGCUCAACGAUCUGUCUGACCUGGGUUCCCGAGUAUCACAGUCUUCUUCGAUUACGCCCAAAGUAUCUAGCGUUUCAACAAAUCGAGACAAGCGGACUUGUGAAUUAGCAAUACUCGAGUCUGAGUCUCGAGCUGGUCACCUACCUACGACAACACACGGAUCAGUAAGACUGAGAUCAAUCCCUUCGGAAUUCAUUGGAAGCCAUGGAACCUGCAGCUCUCAAACUUCUCCAUCUUUCCCAAAUUCUUCCCAACAGGAUAAUCAGCAUCUUCGCCAACUUCAGCAACAUGAUUCUGUCCUCUCUUCGGUAGAGGAAGCGGUCUCUGCUGAUGCUCAUUCAGGCUGCCCGGAUGACAUCCAGACUUGUACUGGUGUUGGGGUCGAUGCUGUUCGCAUCUUCACUGAGGCGCCAGGCAGCCCACCCAGUCGUGGUGGUGGGAGUAGCAUCUUAACUAAUGCUGGCAAUGGUGGCAAUAACAGUGGAGCCGGCACUGGAUCUGGAUCUUCUAACAGCCAUGGAACAACAAGUGCAGCAGGUGGGCCUGUGGCACCUAGGGGUGGUGGAACUGGAAGCAAAGGGGUCGGUAGUGGGGGGCGUUCAGGAAAUGGAGGAGGUGGGGCAUACUCCAGUGGAAGGCGAAAUGGCAAAGCUUCGAAUGGAAUUAAGGAUGAAUACACGCAAAAGUGA